AUUUGAACUGAGUCCUUGACCAGCCUUGUUCUCUUUGUCGCAAUAAUAACCACGGCUCCCGUGGCCAGUUUUCGCAUCCUCGACAUUCGCCUAUUCUACCGACAUAUACAAUGACAACGGAAGCAACCUUAGCCAUUAUAUUCGGAAUCAUGACACUCAUUGCAACAAUUGCUGGAAUUCAUUAUCGAGAUUCACUCUGCUGCGUUCUUUUCCAGAAUGCUCAAGGAGCUUGGUACCAAGGUAUAGGCGCAAUGACCAUUGCGUUGCUACACUGA